AUCCAUAACGCACGAGAGCUACAUUUCCCUGGGCUCUCGGUGACGGACGUUCUUCUGUCGUACCAGUCAAGAAAGAAACUUUUAAGGAUUUGUUUCUCGGUAUUUCUGCAAGGUAAGGGGCCUGAACUUAUAAGAUUUUCUUUCAUAUUUUGACAUCGGAGUAAUGAAUCAGGCCUAACCUUCUGAGGCAAGUUUAGUACCGUAGAACUAUCAGGCGAUCUUAACGAAAGCUAUAGCGGUACGGUGAACCAAAGUUCAAAAUGCAGCAUAAUCAAGAAGUCCUCCUUCAUUGGACCAAUGACGCCAAGGAGUCGCAUUUGACAACAAACAACUCUUCUCGUAUUAUAAAGCCAGAACGCUUCGGCCUCCGCGAAAAGUUACGCAGAGCUAGCGGAUCUCCUGCUAUCAAACUUAGCUGUGCUUCCGCUUUCAUUUCUGUUCCAUCGCAUCUCUGUGUUAUCUAAUGCUGUAACUAUAAUCGUUGAAAUGCCUAAAAAUCUAUUACUGAAACGAGUGCAGUCUGCUUAUCAUUCAGUAACUAUUUAAGAGUGUCGCUGAGGAGCCCGACGGCCUCUUGAAUGCUGAGCCGGCAUAGGGUAAAAUAUAUACUGGACCAUUUUUUGGACCAUUUUUUGGACCAUUUUUUGGACCAUUUUUUGGACCAUUUUUUGGACCAUUUUUUGAAUGUUCUUCAUUUUUGUCGUCCUGCGAAAGCGAAACUGCCACGUGAACACUGGACUUUGAUUUCUAUUGAAAAUAUCGCGUUUAAGAUCCUCUACUGUUGAGUUAAGGCUGUGCCUUUUGAGUCGACAUGUGUACCAUCAGUUGCUUCACGUUUCCCUUUUGGUCCAAAAUGGUCCAGUCCAUAUUUUACCCUAUGCCGACUGAGCCUGUAUGCCUGGUGCUUUUCAUGACUAAGAAGAUCAAUUUCUUCAUAAAUUCUUGUCAACGGACAUCCCGGUUCACGGUUCGUUUAAGUGAUUAUCUCCCGAAUCCCGUUCAUGAUAGCAAUCCCGCAUCUCGCUCCCUACUUACUUUAAAUUCCCGAAUCCCGGCCUUUAAUAAACCCAAUCCGGAUCUCGAAAAACCUAGCUAUUGGAGGCCCUCGGAAUAGUACUGGGGAAAGAAAUAUUGGCGAUUUACAACGGUAAAUAUUCCGAGAUAUGAACAUUUUACACGUAACGGAUCAUUUGAAUUUAUUCACUCAUGUUUGUGUGUCCGUUGUAGUUUCUGACAUUCUCUGCCGUUUUAAGCUUGCUUUGGGCUUGCUUUGCUAUCACUAUUAUUCGGCCUGAUAUAGGAAGGAGUCUCAUAAGACUCAUAUAACAGCUAUAAGACUUAUAAGUCUUGUAAGUCUUGUUUAGGAUGAACCUCGCGGUACAAAACUUAAAAUUUUAAGAUUAACUUAAAAUUGCAUAAGUAAUUCAUGUCUUUUCCAGGAGUCUUCCCGAUAGAAACAUGGUCAUAAGCUGGUUGAGGUGGUUUAUUCGCGCGACCAUCCUUUAUGGUUCAGUCACACACCAAGAGGCAAUUGGCAACAAAACUCAAACACGUGAUUGUCUUCACGUGGAUCCAGCUGGUAACAAAUACAAUUUGACUUCGUUGCGGAAUACAGAUGGAACUGCAAGGUGAGUUAAAUACCAGAGAAGUAUUUUACCAUGAUAUCUGGGAAUUGAAUUAACCUAAUGCUCACUGAAAGAAAAGUGUGAUAAGAACCUUGGUGCCGCUUAUUUGCUCUUGCAACAUUUUCAGCCCAUGUAAACAAGUUGUUGAAUAUAAAUACCACAGCGUUGUGUUAGAUAGAGCUGGCCACCGAUGAGGUGCAUGGGUCACGGAAAAGAUCAAUACUACUACAAGAAACGUAAACAGAUUAUAUUUGAAAUAUAAACAGCUAUAUUUACACAUUCACGACACAGGUAAACUCAACGAGUUAUUUCGAGAUAAUUUGGUUUUAUUAACUAAGUCGAUAAAGAGUUUCUAAAGCUAACGUUGCGAGCAUCUGCUGGUAAACGCUCGAAAAGUCAGCUUUAGAAUCUCUCCACAGUAGCCAAUUCACCUUAUCAACUCAGUUGAUACGCAGCACUAAAGUUUAAGUAGAAACUUACCCCUUCAUUCUCGACUUAUUUCGAUGCUCUUCUUUCGCGUUUGAAAUUGCUUUUGAGUGGCUAGAAUAUGUGCUCGUUCGUUUGUUGUUCGUUUGGUUUAAUGCUUGGUCUUUUUUUUCCAACGAAAACUCUUUUAAGAACACAGCAAUUUUCUUAAUAGAUGAAAUAAUAAUAAUAAACUGAACAACUAUUUCUCUUCAUUAAAACCACGAGUAACGUAGAACUUAGAAUUUAAACAAAACUUCCCUUGGAAGGAUGAUUUAAAAGAGUCGAAAAACCAAGAUACAGAUUGCAGAUAGUUAUGGUAUAAAAUAUUCUCACCAUUAAUCUUUGAUGUAAACGACAAAUAGGCCGCUUGGCCGUGGAUGCGGUGAAUUGGAGGCCGCUAAUUACGAACUAUGCAUUUUCAGUGUAUGUCUGCGGGCUUACACGUGAAAAAACAGCCGCAGAAAUUGACAGAUAAUCAAUCAGUGACUCACUGCGGUGUUAUUCAUUGCAUCUCGACAUAAUCUUUGUUAGCUCUUAGUCCUUGUCUCUCUAUAAUAGUUUUCUUCUAAGUUCUAAAAUCUGUAAGUUAUUGGCAAGACAGCGAGUAGCACAAUGUGCUUGACAGUCUCUCACAGUGCUCAUGCAGCAAUGUAACUGUUCUACCUUACUCCAACGCAACAGUACUGAUAUAAAGCUAUUUCUUAAGUUAGUUGUCAAAUACGCUCUGGUGACGCAACUUGUGACAUUAUUCACCAAUGAUAUGUAUUACUAUAAGUUCGGUCGUUGUAAACACGAGACGAGAUAUAAUCGUUUUUUUUUUCUGUUAGUCGUUUCUUUAACAGUUGGCUGACUCGUGGCCAAUCCCUAUGGACCAAGGUGCUCCACUUCUCCCUUUUGACAAUAUACUAAACAUAUUUCUUUGUGAAUUAGGCUAUUUGAAGGAGACUUAUGAGCAAUAAAUUGGUCUUAAAAUGCUGGAAAUGGCCGUUUUAGAGACUCAAAUUUUCAACAUUUUCUGGGAGAGCAUAAUCCCAGACAUUCUCAGAACGGUCGCACCGACGGCGCUGUCGCAGAUUAUCCAGAAAACCACCAAAAUUACCUCGUCGAACUCUAACUUUAUGGCAUAACGCAUUUACGAGUACGAUUUCUAGUUUGGGCGCUGGCUAAAUCUGACCGAAAAUUUGUUUGUUAACCUACUUCUACAAAAGGGAAUUUUUUCCUUUUUAAUUUAACAGAAUUGAGUGAUCGAGUGUAACUAACUUAACCACUGCAUCUAUGAUACGGAACCAGCCAAUGUGUGCAGACAAGAGACAGUAACAUCAUUAAUGAUUAUUCUGUUGUUCCUGAAACAGAUUUCAUAUAACUAAAGAUGGAUGGACGUAUAGCUUUAACCCCUGCGUGUCAUUCAAGAUAGGAAAGACAAGCGAGUUUAAAGAAUGCCACUGGGAUGUAGCGGUAAGUCUAUUUCCCUUAGAUACUGCUUCUCUGACCGGGUCCCAUAAAUUUGCGAACAUCGCUAGUGGUCCCCUGAUGCAAGAAGUUGCAACAGCAGUGGCCCAACCUCCUAUAAAGAACCAUCUUGCUUUGUUAACUGUUUCGCUUACAUCAUUCUACUGAUCAUGCAGUACUAAGUAUUAUUGACCAGGUGCAAAAAGCUAUUAAAGACCAUGAUUACUCUUGCGGAAUAUUCCUAGACCUCAGCAAAGCAUUUGAUACUAUUAAUCACAACAUUCUACUUACAAAGCUUGAAUACUGUGGUAUCAAAGGUGUUGUAUAAGACUGGUUUAGCUCAUAUCUGAGGAACAGAACUCAAACGGUAUCACUUGGUUUAGUUAUUUCUGUCAUGCAAACAGAAUUUUGUGGGGUGCCUCAAGGAUCAGUACUGGGACUACUCCUUUUUCUUAGUUAUUUAAAAUGACUUUCACAAUUGCUCAAAACUAUUAGGUUUCACCUUUUUGCAAAUGAAGCGAAUUUAUUUUUGAGUAUAAGGACCUCAACAUUCUUGAAAGUGAAAUUGACAGUGAACUUGGAAAAGUACAUUUUGGGCUAUUUGCUUUCAGUAUAUAUUGAAAAGUCGAAUUUUGUUAUUUUUCAUCCAGUACAAAAACAAAUUCCCAAAAAGGUUAUGCUAUACAUAACUAUACAUGAAUCAAUCAUUAACUUAGAUAUCUUGAAGUUUACAUAUAGUCAAAUAUUAGCUGAAGAGCCAAAUUGACUAUAUUUCUAAAAUAAAUCAAAAGAAGUAUAGGUAUUAUCUCUAAGCUUCGUUAUUUCCUAAACACAAAAACGUUGCUAAGCCUGUUUUUUACCUUAGUAGAGCCAUUCUUAAAUUAUUGUAUCAUUGCUUUGAGAAAUGCAUAUCAGUCCACUUUGCAACCCUUAUUUAUUUAUUCAGUUGUAAGGCACGCAGGAAGCCGCCAGAGCACAAGAGAAGUGUAGGGAGAAAAACGAGACGUUGUCAAGUGUUUCUCCCCACUUCUCUUUUGAGCCAGACCUACACACCUAAACCCGAAAGAAAAAUUGUCAGGUUUAGGUGUGUAGGCAAUGAAACCCGAAAUAGUGCUGUGGACGUGUACCGACUGGCUAGCACGCGCAGGAAAGGCCCUGACAUUCGGCGAAAACAAUAGCAAAUGCAGACGAUAUUUGCAGUCAAAAAGCUGGCAAAUGAAAUAACGGAGGGUUUCAGAAGUUUCCAGAAGUGUUUUAUUGAAAAACGAAGAUAAACAAUUUCUACUUCUCCAGAAAGGUCACGCAGUCACGCCACUACACUAAACUACAAUACAAUACUUUAUUUACCCACGCUACAUCUAGGAAUGAUAAAAACUUGUUAAAACAUGUGCCUGAAACGAAAAACGUUAAAAAGAAAAGAAAUGAUUUAAAGUUACCAUUCUUAAAUCUAUCGAAAAACUUGCUUCUUCAAAGACAUUAAAAAGCAGAAAUACCCUUGACGGCUAACAUACGUAGGUGACGAAUUUCAAAGUUUUGCUUCCAAAAAUGAGAAUGAUUUAUGGCGCCAUACUAUAUUGAAAUUGGGUAACGUUAAAAGUGUCCCCGACCCUUUUAAAUUAUAAUUGCAGAAUGUUAAUCUUAAAAAAUUCUUCUAUAUACCUUAGGGUAUACCUUAUCAAUACAUUUACAUACCAAAACUAGGGCCUGGAAUUUUCUUCUUUCUUCCAGCGUUCUUAUAACAGCCAUAUUUAAUAAAUGAUUGUAUGGUGUAUGCUUUCCAUACCCUAAAAUAGAUUUAAGAAUAUAAUUAUUGGUGUCUUCUAGUUUUCAACUUGAUCUCUUCCAACUCCAAGUAAUAGCGGACGACAAUAUUCUAAAUGAGGCAAAAUAUACGCUUUAAAAAGGCGGCACAUUACGUCUAAAGUAAUAAACCUGCGAAUCCUAAAUAACGCAGAGGCUUUGGCACACGCCUUUUUUACUUGUUCGGACACAUGAGCGACAAAAUUGAGCUUGCGAUCUAAUGUAACACCAAGGAUUUUAAGUGUAUCAUUGGCGUCCACUUCAUGGUUAUCUAAACUGUAAUUACAGCGAUAUGGUACUGGACCUACAGUCAUUGCCUGUGUCUUAGGUGCAUUGAUCUGUAGAUAGUAUUUCUGCGAGGAAUUUCCUGAUGGUGGAAAGUGGUAAAAACAUUUUCUAGUCUUAUUUUCUGGAAACAUGGCGCAGUUAAUGAAUUUCAUGUGGCUACUGAUAUUUCCUUUAAAACGAGGGGGCAAAGCUGCCCGUCAUCCACGGUCAAGUGACCACCCAGAGCCAGAAUUGAGGGUCUGGAUGGGGGUAUCUCGAAAACACUAAACACUAAAAUUUUACCUUCUAUAACAUCAAACAUUAAAAUUUUGGGCUGUUUAACAUCUAACACUAAAAAAUUCUCUGAAACACUAAAAUUGAUACAAAUGCUCCAGAUAUUAAGCUUUGUAAUGGAUUUUUGGUAUCAUGAUACAAAUGCCAAUUGUUUUUAGUAGUUCCACUAUUUGCUAACUGCCAUGCAAUUAUAUUUUGGCAAAAUAUGAUUUUCUUCUUACACAUGAAACACACGUGCAAACAUCAAUUUGAAAAACAUAAACUGCUUUAUUUCAUUAAGUUCAAAAUAUCAACAAAAACUAUGCAUUAAGACUCUAUCAGCAGUACUACAAAUGCUGGUCAAAGACAUUGGUUUUGAGAUCUAAGGAAAAAGCUAAACAAUCUUUGUGUGUACAACAAAUAUUAUCUAUUGGUACAUGGUAAUGACAUGUCUAUGCAUGAGUUCUAUAAUAAUCUAGAUUUUCAUCCAAAAAAAGGUUCUUUUAUACAACAAUAUAUUCUUCAGUAAGGUUUUUACUUGUCAGAGCCUGUUUCUAUGGCAUCAGCACCAGUAAAGUCCUCCUGCUCAUCUUGUGACAUGGAAUUGCUGCUUGAUGCUGAAGAAAGUCGUUCACAAUUUCCUUUUUUCCAAAGGCUGUCCAGGGUGUGGUUGUUUUUCACUAAACGCUGUGCUUUCUCGUAAUUUCUUUGGCACUUAUUGAAAUGUGCUACAAAGGACAAAUUUUUAGCAAAGGUGAACAGUGUAUUCCUAGGUUUACAUUUCUCCACCAUGGGGAUUAUUGAAAAAAUGAUAAGGGAAGUUCAACUUAAUUAUAAACAUUCAUUAGUCUUUUAGAAGAUCAGCUGAAUACAAAAGACCAGAGUUACUAUCACCUAAAUACACUCGGAAUUAUUAUUUUUUCUUAUUCUGAGUACUGAAACAUGUGAUCUGCAGUAAUGAUAUUGGUAAAUUAAAAAUAUUUGUUUAAACUUACUGAUUUUGAAGUAAUUGACCUUCCCUUGGGUGGUUCUGCUGGACUUAGUACUGAUAAAAUACGGUUUCUUGCAGACUCCACAAGUAAAUUUCACCUCAUUAAGAGCUGAGCUUCCAGCAAGCUUCCCUAAGUCUAAGCGAGAUAAAAGUAAACACAUAAGUAAAGGUAAAAGUACAAGUAAAAGUAGAAAUUCAAAAACCACCUAUUUCAUUAAAAUUUACCUGCUUGAAGCUCAUCUAAUUCAUGCCUCUGACGCACAUUUCUCACAACUUUAUUGUCUCGCAAAAUAUUUUGAACUAGUUCUUUAUCUUCCAGACAUUCUUGUCUUCUUUUCCUACUUCUAUUUCUCGCAGAAUCUGAUGCUCCAGGCUCAUUGUCUAUGAUGGCAAUUUCUGGAUCUUUAUCUUCUGAAGAACUUGUUGAAGUACCAAGAGGUUCUUUAGGAGUUUGCUUCACACCCGGUACAAGCACCAUUUUCUUGUCUGACCAAUUAAUUAUUUUCUGUACCACAUGUACUUAAAAAAGAUGAAAAAGAGGAAAUUUUACUUUAGUAUUUCAUACUUAUAACCUUCAAAGUAAUUAUCCUUUUCUAAGAUCGAAUAAGGAUAAUUUGUAACCCCCAAUUUUCUAAUACAUAUGUUGUGGUUAUAUUUAUCAUUAGUUCAAAACUUUUUCCUGCACUUUAUGAAUUCGACAGAUCAGUUGUCUACUUACUAUUGAGUUCACUUUGGGUUUCGUCAGAAACAAGGAGUGGCACUUCCAUCUCCCACUGUUGUUGCGUAAGGAUACGUAAAUUCUUCGUUUUCCCGUGAGCACUCCUGGCCAGCCGGUACAGUUUCAGCUCGAAAUUUCCCAUACCCAGCGACGUAGCCAUUUGCGAAAUACCAAGAAAGUUGAUCAUAUGCUUCCUGGCGUCCGUUAGAUUUCUUUGGUCUAUACCGAUUGGAAUUCUACUGCGAUGUCUCUCAAAAGCAUCUUCCUCGCCACAUCUAUAAAAGCUGAUCAAUACUUCCGCAAUUCCCGCCGAUGCGGACGAGGCGGCCAUUUUGCAUGCAGAAGUCUGCUGAAAAACCGCUGACCACAGAAUGUCUACAGAACUUAUGCGCAUGAGUACAAAGUAUGCAUGCUGACCAGUUCGGUUAGUUCUGCGCAGACUCUUCUCCUUUUGUUUCUAGUUUGCACGCCUUUAUCAUAAGAGCUAAGUUUGAACAAAUCUUAGUCCUUUUUUCUAAUAUUAUUGCUUUCUCUGUAAAACUUUUAUUGACCUUUAUUGAGUGAAAUCGCUGUUCUAAUACCUUUUAACACUUAACACUAAACUUUUUUUAAACGCUUAACAUUAAAAUUUUACCCAUUUUAACACUAAACAUUAAAAAAAACGGCCAAAUAACACUUGACACUAAACCCCAUCCAGACGCUCAGAAUUACGUGACAGGUGUAGUUGAGAGAAGCUUAUCACAGUCGCAGAUUUUAAAAGGCAUCUUGGACAAGAAUACGGAAAUGCCCAAAGAUUUUUUAGAUGUUUUUUAUUGAUGAAAUGAUGGAUCAUAAAGGGGAAUUAAAAUUAUAGUUGAAGCGUUCUGGAAAGGGGAGGUUUUUUACCUCAAAGUUGUCAAAUAUUUGGAUAAAUCGCAUAGUCUAAAAACACAGUCGUUUAUUUGCCUUUGUUGAUUGACAAGCCGUUGAUCAUGACUGAUGGGUGCGUCGAACAUUUACUAAGGAUGUAAUAAUAUGUGUGCAAACCCUCAGGAUAAUUGGUUAAAUACCAUCGCUGUGAGAGCUUCAUACAUUUUACCUUUUUAUGAAGCGAUUUCCUCGGUGAAAACCAAGAAAAACCGGGGGGUGGUCUAUCUACCCCCGGAAAAAUCUAAAACAAAAGCCAGUUUGUCUUUUUGAGUUUUGCGGUAGACCCUUUAAACUGACAAAGUUUCACUGAAAUGGGUGAGAUGUGAAUUAUCCUGUAUGUUGGUUGUUGGCUGUUGGCUGAAUGAAAUAAUUACUCUGAAAAGUGUUGGCCUGCGAUGUGACAGAUAAAAGAAGUCUGGGAGACGCUUACUGUGUUCCAUGUUGGGUGGGUUUUUCGAGACAGCCAGCUUGAGGGCAAAACGUGAAAAACUCCUGGUUGUAUUCUCACGAAGAUCUCACUUGGCCCUUAUAAAUUUCCAGGAAUUAAAGAACAUUAGUGUUCUCAUUUUCGGACAUAGAAAAUGUUCAAAACAAUUUGAGGCUGCCCGGUAUUAAAUGUUGAUUAAAUGAUUCUCUUUUUAGAUUUGCAUGUGGGUGGCCGCACAAAUAGGCUACAAUAUAGGACAUCAGAGAACAGAACGAUGUCUUUUUGACGAAGAAACCAAAUUACCAAUGAUAGAAUACAAAGGGUAUGUAAUAUUUACUCGUGUUUCGCCUGCUAUAAAUGUAUGCUAUUCAGUUUUUUUGUGGCCUCAGCAUUUGUUGAAAAGUCGAAAAGGAAGAACCGCAAUCUCUAAGUAAUGAACUGAAAUCUUUAUGUACUCGGAAACUUCCGGAAUGCAACUCAGUGGCUCACGAGAAUUAAUGUUAGUCACUUGAUAGCAACUUUAAAUAUGGUGUCGAAAGUCAAUUCGGAAUCGCUUUAGCUUGCUUCUCUUUACUAUGUGAUUCUAUAUGACACAACUCGCGCAACUUUCUCAAGCGUGCAAUCAGCAUAAAAAUAUACGCAAUUGUCACUUGUUCAUUUACGUUUUGCCGCGCUUCAGGCAGUUUACGUGUCUUUACUUUGAUUUCCCAAUGAUUCCUUAUGGCGCAUAUCCUUUGCUCUCAUUUGCUGUUGUGAGUUUACUUUUACGACACUCGAUUAAGAUACACUCCAUACUCCUCGUACUCCUAAUUCUUAGUUAGCCACACUAUUUAAGCUUUGUGAACUAUUUUCAGUCUUAGAAAUGUUCAUAUUUUUGAAACCGUUUAUUUUAGUGAUAGCCAAAUUAAGACGUCAAGUGUGCUGCUCAAGUGUAAUAAAGCAAAGGAACGUCCAGACUUUGAAGUUCGGUCGGUUAGCAAUCCCUCGCGAUUUGUAAGUAAUUAUCAAUCAUUUUUUGUUGAAGUAUAGUAUACUCCCGAGAAAUGUUUUCUUCAUCUGAGCUGUAAUACUGUUAUAGAUUAUUACCUUUAUCCCUUGUAAUGGUCAACUAACUGAAGACAUGAUCCUCGAAGGUGACUUGCUGCUAAACAAACCACAGGAAAGAAGCAUGCCUGAUAUCCUCUUAAAUACUAGUAGGGCACUUCUACCAACUGAGCCACGAAGCCAUGUUUUUCUGUUUUAAAAGCGAGGCUAAAUUAAAAGGGCUCUUUAUUCCCGUAAAGGAAUCUGAUCACAUUUUGACUUGCGGGUUAUAAACAAGUAAAGAAAUGAUCCUUACAAGUGAGCUAAAAGCCUGAAAAAAAAAUCGGCUGAAUUGUGAUAAAACUUCCAUACGGGAAAGAAAAACGUCUAACAUCUGCCUCGCUCCCAACAGUCGUAUAUCAGUUAUUAGUCACAGCCAACUAGUAUCUUUUUAGAGUCUAUUUCUGUAAUUUCUUUGGUUUCAGCUCACCUGUGAGGAAAAUCUUUCUACUUUAGCACAAUUCGAAGGUCAAAAUGUGACAUUUCAUUUAAUGUGGUUUGAAGUGGUUGAUAAUAGAUCAAUAUAUGGCUUUUGGAUGACCCGUGAAUUUACGUAAGUUGAUGACAAUAUAUGACUUACAUAAGGGACUUUUUUUUAAACACAAAUCAUGUCUUUGCAACGACUAUUCAUACUUGAGACUCUCUUUCAACCAUUUCGAAAAUCUCUAUCUGCUAGAAAAUCAUUACAAUUUCUGCUGCUGUUUUAGGUUUUCAGCCUGACACACAAAUGUGGGUGUCCCAAUGUGUGUCUUUUUAAACCUAUCACGCCCACUGAGGAGCCAGGUCUAGGUAAGUUCAAAGUUUAAAGCGUUACAGAGUUCUCAUGACAAGAAUAGUUGUAACCUCUUCUUCAGCAUGCCAUGUGACGAAAAAGCUUUGACUCACUUAAAUCUCUGAAAACCAAAGGAACAUAACGGCUGAAACAACUGCGUAUGAAGCUGAUCAUUAACUAUGUUCUAUAAAGCAGCAUCGGUUAUCAGCUCAGCGAGGUUUGUCACAGAGAGGUUCAACCUGUUCUGGAGGAAGAAUCCAACGUGGUUUAUUAGGAACCGUGAGCUUAACAGUGUAUUUUCUGAUAUAUAUCAAGCAUGUACGUUGCUAACAUUGUGUGCUUAUAUAUACAUUUUUAAUUACUCCCAAGCUACCUAGAACGAGAUCAGGCAACGGCACGAAACAAACCUCUUUAUCUUCAGAGUUAAAUGGAUAAAUUUUCAGUCCAACUAACGUUAUAUCUUGUCGACGCAAUGAGAAUGAUUUUAAUCCAAUUUUUUUAAACAAUUUUUCGUUUCUACUUGCGCAGAUAACGAAAAUUGGCGCAUCGCAGCAGGUGGUAUUGGAGGCUUGGGUAUUGUCAUAGUGAUCUGUCUGAUCGUUAGGAAGCUGAGGGGAAUGAAUAAACCGAACCCCCAGGUAGAAGAGGAAAAUCGACCCAUUCUGCCUGAUCAAGAGAAUGUAAAUAGCUUUUCCAGUACAAGUGAACUCAGCGAAUUAACCUUGGGGAGAGCCUCAUCUUUAGGAAGGACCUCAACUGGUUCAUCUACGAACAAUGAUAUUAAAGAGAUAAAAGAGGAUCCUUCUGACAGCAAGAACAAAUCCAAUGCAAAGGGUCGGCGCUGAGGGUGUACACCAGUGCGUUGCUAAACCUUUCAAUCAUAUUGCUCCUAACAAUAUAAACUAGCAAACUUUCAUGAAAUUUUACAAAAGCUGGAAACAGCUUCACUAGUAGGCUUGCGUGCCCUCUUAGGUCACUUAAGGAGGGAGUGUAAUAAAUUCAAAUUGACAUUUAUUGAUUACCCGAUUCGCUCGUAAUUACAUGCGGAUUUAAUUCACCAUGACCCCUUUGUUUAGUCACUUUGUAUUCCUGCACAGCGUGGAUUAUUAGGUUGAUGUGCGUCUGAACUUUUUACUUUACAAUGGAAAGGCAGUCCUAAUUAGUUUAUUCAGAGAAAAAAGGAAGUGCUAACCACGUUUUUCAACGAGGGAAUGACUUCCACCAAGAAAGCGAUGUGCGACAAAAUUCGUGCAUGUGCCACAAGAGUCAGCAUUUCGGAAGACCAAGUGAAGGUAUUUUAAGCUCCCACGGCCUUAAAAUGAUUAAAAUUCAUUUUAUCCUAGGCACAGGAUGAUUUUAUGCAUGUAUGUUGUUAAGAGUUUCAGGCUGUUUGAUGUUAUUGUAAUUUCAUUUUUCCGAUCUUUUGACCUUUUCUGUUACUAAACCAUGUUGAUUUAAUUACGAUCUGAGGUCAUCUUUCGAGCAACUUUUUUAUUUUAUUACACACAGGCUUUACAUGUAGUUACAGUGUAAGGUUUUCGCCAGCCAACUUAGUCCUGAUUCUGCGUUGUAUAGCUAUAGCCUUUCACAAAUGAUGUGAAAGCCGUUUAAUGUCGAAAGAAAUUAAAUUAGGGAUGUGUUGUACUUUCUCUUUAGCUAAAUAUAAAUAAGACGAGAAACCAUCUAAAACCAUCUUAAACCACC